AUGGUCCAGGUGCAGCAUUCGGCUCCGCUGCUGCUUGCGCUGAUCGUGGGCUGCUCCGGCAUCUCUCUCCAUGUGAAGACGCCGGAAGCCAUCUCCGAGCCUGCGUGCGGCGAGCCAGAGCCAGGCGAGUGGUGCCGCAGCGCGGUGAUGUGGGCCCGGGACCACGGGGCCAAGUCGCGCCCCGAGCUCUUCCCAGGCGACCCUUCCCACUACAGCCUGCACGACUUCCAGGGGCUGCUGCACCGCCUCCGCGGGGCAGGCUGCCCUCAGCCUUGCCCUCGCGGGGGCCGGCUGGGGCCUGGGGCGCUGCUGCAGUUCAACGAGAGCGUAAACGACACUGAGUUCGACCAAGAGCUGAACGAGUACACCUGGGAGCCCAGGAAUGCCACCUCCCCGAUGCAGCUCGGCACCACGGGGCCCGACUGCGAGGAUGCCCAUACGGACUCCCGGUGCGCCCAUGCCAUCGACUGGCUGCGCGAUCGCGGCUUCGCGCGGCACCCUGAUUGGUACCCAGGCCUCUCCAGCAACUCUACCGCUGCAGAGAUUCAGGUUGCGCUGCAUAGCCUUGGAAAGUCCAACUGCUCCAGGCCGUGCGUCGGGGUCGCAAGCCAGCUGUUCUCCACGCAGAUCGGCGCAGCGGAGAGCUCCAACGAGAAGUUGGAGAAGAGCGCAGAGGUUGGCGACGAGGCCAUCAUUGGGGACGAGGACGGGAAGGCUUCGAGUUGCAGCGACACGCAGCAAGGCAUGUGGUGCUAUCGGGCCAUCGCGUGGCUGAAGUCGGAUGGCAUUGAGAGGCACCCUGAUUGGUACCCAGGCCUGACCAGCGACUCCUCCAUCCCAGCGUUUCAGAAAGCAAUGCAUCUGGCCGGCAAACCUGGCUGCCCGAUGCCUUGCGCAGAGGUCCCAGAGGAGAAAGACAACCGUCUGCGCGACUUCCUCAAAGCGAAGACUGAGGCCGAGCUGGAGACGGAGAACCGUUCGACGCCAGUGGAGGCCGAGCAGGAGACAGGGAACCAGACAGAGAACGAUACCCAUGAGCCUCCCGUGGAGCAUUUCGGCAGCGAGGAAGGCAACGACUGCCACGACGCCCUCGAGGGCGACCAGUGUUUCGUCGCGGUGAUGUGGGCGAUGGAGGAGGGCAUCGACAAGCACAGGGUCUGGUACCCCGGGCUCUCGGACGUUUCCAGCUUCAGGGAGGUGCAGGAGCACCUCUACCGGGCGAACCGCUCGUACUGCCCGAGGCCGUGCUCGGGGCCCCUGAGGGUUGUGGAGCGCAAGGCCAAGGAGGAGGAGGAGAUGACGCCCUUCAGAACGGUGGAGGAGAUAACGCCCUCCGCGCCCGCGGACGACGAGGCCGAGGGCGACGACGACACCUCCACGGAGUGA